UUCAAUUUUAGUGGUUUUUAACCUCUUCUUUCUGCAAAACAUGGACGGACUUAUAAUUGAAUUAUUUAAUAUCGAAGGUGUAAAAUUUGGAAACUUUAAACUUAAAAGCGGUAUACAUUCACCAGCAUACUUCGAUUUACGCGUCAUUGUGUCCUACCCAGAGUUAAUGAAAAAGGUAUCCCUUUUACUGCAUGAUGCUGCGUGUGGGUUACCAUAUCACUUUGUCUGCGGAGUACCAUACACUGCUUUGCCACUUGCAACUGUUAUAUCAGUGGAAUGCAACAAGCCGAUGUUAAUUCGAAGGAGAGAGGCAAAGGACUAUGGUACUAAGAAGAUGAUCGAGGGAAAGUUCUCCCCCGGCGAUACUUGUUUAGUGGUUGAGGAUGUCGUAACGAGCGGUUCAAGUGUGUGGGAAACUGUGCAGCUGCUACAAGAAUAUGGCCUGAAGGUUACAGAUGCAGUGGUUUUACUGGACCGAGAACAGGGUGCUGGUGAAAGACUGAAACAAAAGGGGGUGAAUUUACAUAGUGUAUUAACGAUGACAAAACUUGUAGACGUGCUACGGCAAAACAACAAGAUAGAUGAGGACAUGCACCAGAAAGUGUUGCAAUUCGUCAGUGACAACCAGUUUUCUGUAGAAAUAGAGGAGCCCCCAAUGAAAACAAGGAAGCUGGCGUGGAGCAUGUCUUUCAAGGAAAGAUCUGAGCAUGAACAGUGCAAGAAUAGUGUUGCAAAAGAAUUGUUUGCAAUCAUGGAAAAUAAGCGCAGUAACCUAGUGCUAUCUGCUGAUUUAACGAAUGCAGAUGAAAUUCUUAAGCUUGUUGACAGCAUUGGGCCAAGUAUCUGCAUGGUUAAGACACAUGUCGAUAUCAUAGAAGAUUUUAGUCGAGACUUUGUAAACAAACUUGUAAAAAUGGCCCAGAAGCACAACUUUCUUAUCUUUGAAGACAGGAAGUUUGCUGACAUAGGCAGCACAGUUCAGCACCAGUUUUCAGGCGGGGUAUUCAAGAUUGCUGAUUGGGCACAUGUUAUCAACGCUCACAGUGUUCCGGGCCCAGGAGUCAUUCAGGGGCUGAAAAAGGGUAACAAGCAGAGUGCCUGCUUGCUGAUAGCAGAGAUGAGCAGCGCUGGAAACCUGGCCAAGGGAGACUAUGUUAAGGAGACGUUGAAGAUUGCCCAAGAUCACCCAGAUUUUGUGAUUGGGUUCAUCAGCCAGUCCAAUGUGUGUGAAGACGACCCACAGCUUAUCUGCAUGACGCCUGGUGUCAAGUUGGAGAAAGGGGGUGACUCACUUGGCCAGCAGUAUGUUACACCAUAUGAGGCUGUGUAUGCAAACCACACAGAUCUGAUCAUUGUUGGUCGGGGCAUCAUCGAGGCGUCUGAUCCUGUGGUCAUGGCUGAGGAAUACAGGGAGGCAGCCUUCCAGGCGUAUGAGCACAGGAUUGCACUUACCUUGUGAAAACCUUCUAGGUUGAUCAACUCAAGGACGUAAUUGCAUUGCCAUCACCUUCUUGGAGUAUGAGUGUAAGGUUGCUGUGGCAUGAGUCUGGAAUAUUAUGUUGUGUUAACCCUUUGCAUGCUGGGAUAUUUGUCAUCUGCUAAAAUGUCGUCUGCUGAAUUUCUAAAAUUAGCAUUUUCUUUGAUUUUGUUUCAAAGAAUACUAUAAGAAUAGCAAACAGUUUGGAUCCUGAUGAGACGCCACAUUUUGUGGUGUCUCAUCUGGAUCCAAACAGUUUGCAAAGGCCUUCAAAAUUCGGUUCCAGCGCUGAAAGGGUUAAAAGUUUAAGAGUGUAAGGUUUAUGAUGUUGCAAUUGUUUAGUAGAUCUGUUCAUUAGUUUAAAUUAAUAUUUGUAAGAUAAUUAGAUUCUUGUCAAUGUCUUAAGAUCACCAAAGUGUUCAUCUUUGUGUUUCAAUUGGUGCAGAUUUGAGUCUUUUUUUUACUAUUGAUACCAUUUUUGAACAUGUUAUUGUAUUCAGUAAAAUGUAUCAGUGUAAUACAAAAGAAGCUGAUUACCUCUUUGUAUGUUUUGUCUCAGUAAAAUGAACAUUGUUA